AUGAGGCGUCCUAACUUUGCAACUGGUUUAGCAGUGCCAGCAAUUGGUUCUGAAAAAAGACAGAAGCAAAAUGUUUCUGUAAGUGGGACUACCAGUGAUAUAGCCAAUACCUCCACAAUCUUACCUCAGCUGUCGCUUAAUGUGACGCAGGGAAACCAAGUGCUGACAAAUGGUGACGUUCUUCUGCAGGAAGAAGGUGAUGCUGCUUUACAGUUGAACAGCGAAAGAGAUGAUUCGAUGAAUGCAAGCUCUAAAGGUUUUUGUCGAACUCCAGGACAUAGCAGAUCAGCUUCAGUGUCCCCUUCUAGCAGUUCAGUUUCGCCAACUAAUUUUUCUCCUUUGCCUGGAACAGUUAACAAUUAUAGUGAGCUACCCUUAACUGCAAAACAAGAACAGGUAUCUAAAAACGACUUGCAGUUGAACUCUCAAUCUCUGUCAAAUGUUGCAGUUUCGCUUUUGAAAGAGAAUGAUGAUACUUUUGAAGAAAUUGGAUCACUGAUUGCAAAAGAAGUUGAAACCCCUGCAUUUCCUAACUCAACUUUCUCUGCCCGUACUGAAGACGGUUUAUUUAUGGGCUCGCAAGGGAAGAAUGCCACUAUAGACAACCAAAUGUUUUUAUCAGAUAUUUGGGGCGAAUAUGAUCCGGUAGCCCUUUCAAGAAAUGCAACUUGGAAUCGGAGAACCACAACCCAACCAGCUUUAAAUCACUCAACUUUUGACCAGUCCUCCUCAUCUGGCUUGGGCACAUUCAGUGUUUUUUGUUCGAACAUGCAGUUGCCAGUAAGAAACGUAAGUUCUACCGCGGAUGUGAACCAGAGAAAUGAGUCGUUGGAACUUGCUCGGAAUUUGGCUCAGUUAAGAGUAGAAGCUCAUAGUGGCACUGGGUCUUUGGCCGAUGAGGAAAGCAGCCUUCGUGGUUAUGGCGGGGAUGCUGCUUCCACAAGUGGUUGCUCUGUUGGCGAAGUUGGACGCGGAACAAAUGAUUGGGUGAGGAAUUCAUAUAACAUUGAUAAUUCGCAACAGUGGCGAAAUGAAGAUCACAAGCCUUUGGGUGUUGUCAGUAAUUCGGCCUCUUCGUUUCUUACGGUGCGUGAAAAUCACGACAGCAAUAUGUGGAUUAAUCAUGCAGCUGCCCAGUUGGCUGGAACACUUGGUCAUAAUGAAAGAAACAGUAUUGGCGAGAACUACGUUCCUUCAUUUCCUCCUUUUCACUCCUUAGUAGGUUCAGCCGCAACAGGAGCUCCAUCUAUAAACGAGAACUUAUCUCAUUUUAACAGGCAGUUAUCACGACAUUGGGAUAGUGUGCAGCUUCAGCAGGCUGCUCAAGCUGCUUCUCAAGAAUACGACCAUUUGAACGUACUUUUGAAUUCUUACCGACCCUUUAAUCCUGCGUCGAAUCCAAAUCCAUUAUCGGUCACCAGUCAAGUACGAGUGGAUUCUGAUUAUUGUAAUUUAGUAAAUCAGUUUCAUUCUUCACAAGGUACCGUCAACACAUCAGUGCCUCCACCUCCUCCGUUCUUUAAUGCGCACAUACCUCCUCCGCGUGCAACUGCACAUCAAUCACUUCCUAAUACAAAUCUGUUCACAACGUCAAUGCCAACAACACAGAAUUAUGUUCCGUCAGUCUCGUCCACGGUAGCAAGCACAUGUGAUGGCGCCAUGUUUUCGCAACCUAACAGUCGUACGCAGUGGAAUAGUUAUGGUGUUUGGCAGUAA